AUGGGCGACGUCGUCACCUUCAAAAUCUGCAACUACGCGGUGUCCAAGUCUGCGAACGAGAAGGAGCUGCGGCAGACCUUCGCCGGAACCCUUGCGUACAUGGCGCACAAGGUGCUAGUGAAGAAUGCCGACCGCGACACGCUCACUGACGUGUGGUCGCUCGCCUGUGUGAUGGUUGAGAUCCUCAGCGGCAGGGGACGCGUGGGGGGGCGUGUUGAGCUGGGUCACUGA